ACAGAGGACACGCCCUAGUAAAGGUUUAUGUAGGGGGAGUCAAUAAAUGCAAGAAGAGUCAUGGUCAUUAUUAGUGAACCCUAUUCAAACUAUUCAUCACCUAGUCUUAUUCAAAAUGCCCCACCCCUGUGACUUGUGAAUUAAUAAUGAUGUUUAUUUCCAAAUAUACUUGGCAGGUGUUAUGCCUAUGGCAGCCUCUUUUUCAUGUUUGGUGCAUAUAGUGCUGCGGUCAUCAAAAAUUCGAAAAAUUCCGACGUUGUGUUCCUUGCAGUAUGGACUUUUAGAAAAGCUUUAAAUACAUAAAUUAUGUCGAUUUUUUUUUCAGACUGUAAGACUUGUUUUCAAGCUAUAAGUAGCUAUAGGAACCGCCAAAAUUAGAUUUAUUAAGGAGCUCUGCGUCAAACCGGAAUAAAAAAAUAAAAAUCUUCUCUUCUAUAAUAUAAACUUUUAAAACUUUUAAAACGUUGCAAAACUAAAUUAUAAGUAAAAAUGCACAAGACGGCAUCUUCCAUUAUUGCGUGAAUAUUUUAUGCCCUUAUAUCGUAAUAUUAUAUGCUUACAGUUAAACGGGUUUUAUAAGAAAAUAAGGAUAUAACCCGAAUUGUAUCCAUUGUUAUAGAAAACAAAGUAAAAAUAAGUUUUUUAUAUUGCUUUGCAACAAAGUGCAUUUUUAGUUAUCUACUAUUUUUUUCAUAAUUUCACGCCAUUUAGGUUAUAAAUCAGCUACCGCAGUUUUACGAAAGUCCUGCAAAUCAAUCAGAAGUCAAGGCUAGAAAGCCUGGGUUUGAGCAUUUUUGACCUCCCCCAACCUGAAGAGGUUUAGGAAAUUAGGUGACAAAUUGUUGAAUAAAAAAUAAGUAUGUGCCCAAGUGAGAGAUAUGCAUUUGAGGGCCUGCGUGACAAAAUGUGAAUGUAAUACAUGCAAGCAUGGAAAAUGAAGAAAUAGAGAAAAAACAACAAGUCAAAACAAAACUAUUAAAUAAGGCUGGGUAUUUUUUAUCAUGGGAGACCUGUGGUCCCAAAUAUUUUGAACAAACUUCAAGCUACUUAUUUUAAUUUUUCUAAAGGCGGAGCAGUUUUUUUUAUUAACCUCAGCUCUGUUUAAACUACUUCUGAAUCCAGCCUCUCUUCUUAAUCGUGGUUUGUUCGCGAAAGUUAUAAAUUUGUUUUAUAUUUUAUUUAUGGUGUAAUUUUAUGAAGUUAGGAAAAUGGUAGAAACUAAUUAUGACGAUUUACUAGAAACGAAAGUAAGAAACAUCUUUAGGAUAUUUUUAAUUCAAUUUGUAGAUACAUGCGUGGUGUAUGAUAGAAUUUAUUUUUACUUUAUUUUUUACGUGUUCUUUAACUUUCUAAGGUUCUUGUCUGCAAGAUAUGAUUUUGCUAAGCUUCAAAAAUGUCAAUUUAAUUUCAUACGCGUAUUUAAAACUACGCUGGGAAACGUGAGUGUUUUUUAAUUAUGUUUUUAAAAAUAAUAAUCAGUUGAUUUGUCUUUAUGAGAAGAAAAAAAGUUUGUUUGCAAACAACGUAACAAGCAUUCAUAAGAUUAAGAAAUAUGAGGAGGUCAAGACAUGAUAAUCCUGUUUUGAUAAUGACAUCGUGUCUCUUUCUGUGGCAACCUCUGUGAUGGAGGGUGAUGAUCAAAGAAAUGAUGACAGUUCAUUAACAAUAUAUAGUUAAAGAAGAGUGUUUCAUCCACGUUUGUUGACAUUUUAUUAUUUAAAAAAUUUAGCUGUUAACAAGACUGUAGUAAUAUUAUUCUUGAAGCUUUGAUUUUUGUUUUGUAAUAAGGAUGGUUGGUGUGAUGAGACAGGGAAGAGUUUAAUUUAUCUACUGUGGUGUACGAAUAUUUAAUAUUUUCGUGUGCUUAUUUAUUAUUUGUAACGAUUUUAAUUGCCAUAAUUUUUUGUUCUGUUAUAUUAUAUUGUAUUUCAUUAAUUUUUUUCUUCUUUUAAAAUGUCUCCUGUCUCCCGUUUUCCUUUGUUAGAUUUGAAAUAUUCUAGAAUUGAUUUGAAUUUUCUAGCAUCUUUGAAAAUCGAUGUAGGCACAACGAAAAACAAUAACAAAGAAAUAUUGAAGUGGAGGUUAAAAACGUCGUCGGAAAAGAAACGGGUUGCAUUUUAAAAAUUAGACAUUCAUUUUGUAGCGAACUACACCGCUACCAAGAUGCAAACUGGUUUUCACUUUGCUUAUUUAUCCUUUUUGAAAGUGUUAGAUACACAUUUCCCUUGUUAUAUUUGAUGAUUUGUUUUGUGUUGUCAAAUCUGAUUAUUUUAAUUGACUUCGUGCGGAUUUACCAAGCUGGUAGUUUAAUACAUUUAUAUAUAUAUAUAUGUGGCGGGUUUUAUAUUCUGUGUUUUCCUGUAGUUUAUAAAUAACGAAGGUUAAUCCUGUCUUGUGUUUUGAAUUAACAACUGCAAUGUCGUUAUAGUAAUCAUGUUUAGUCAUGUGUGACUAAUGACCACUAUUGAUUCUUAUUGUGUGUAAAAGUGUGGUAGAGUUAUUCUAAAAAAAGGAGACUGUGCUGUGUUGAGCUUGAUUCAGCAGUUAUUUUAUUUUUCGAUACAUGUUUCAUUUUGUUUAUGUGAAUAUUCCCGGUAGAAAUGGUUAAGAUUUUCGAAAGAGGAACUUUCCCAUUAAGCCGCAGCCAAAAUUUUGUGUUGUUUAUGUAUGUCAAACUUAAAAAACUCAAGAGUCAAAAGCUGUCAUAAAUUGUUUUAUGCUUGUUUGAGAAAAUGUUUCUGUUGUUAUCUUCAUUCAUGCAUGCAUUGGAGGGUUCAGACGUUUAGUAUAAGUGGAAAUUAGUGACUUUUUAAAUCCCAUUUUUGACAAUUUUAUUUACUUCAGAGAUGGUGUAGUGGUAGCGCAUUCGGCUUGUAAUCAUAAGGUUUUAUGUUUCAUUUGAUGCCAUCUACUGACCGCUAACCAGCUUGUGUGGCAGGCAAGCCAGUUAGAGCAAUGCUGUACGUAUAUCUAGCGGUAAUGUAACAUAGUUACAGUCGAAGGGGAGGAAGAGCCAGCCAUUAGGAUGGAAUCCCCAAGGACAUUAAAACUUCCCCUUACUUACUCACUCACUUACUUCAGUGUAAUCUGCAUCACAACAUGCGUUUCUUAUUUCUGAUGUCUGCCUGAUAACUGUGAAUUUUAAAAAUUUGAUCUAUUUCCACUUAAUUUUAACGCCUUACAGUGUUUGAUAUCCUGCACCCAUAAAUUUGUAAUUUCAUCUAGGAUAGAUUUAACAUUGCUUUAACGUGCUCUAGUUUUUAGAUUAGGAUUUUUGACAUGCCCUAUCCUAUAAAACAAGAAUUGAAACAAGAAUUUACGUAUUUAUUUAGGGAUCAUUAUAUUUAGCAGUUGUCUUGAUUUCAGUAUCAUUGUGCUUUCACUCCUGUAAUUUUCUCAUUUUUGACGCUUCCCACUAACUGUUCUAAACAAGUUGUUGGCAAAGCUAUUGGUUGUGUCAACCACAAACUGUUCCUGCAACAAACGAGUUGCAUGUUACGUUGUUACUGUGUUACUGUUUUCAUUGAGAUUCAGUACAUAUUUUUUGUAUAUUCUGUUGUUGUUGUUUGUUUUUUUAAAAAAAUAUCCCGUAAGUGAGAUUCAGUGAGUGAGAUUUAGUAAGUGAGAUUCAGUACAUGUUUUGUUUGUCCCUAAAUUCAUAGUAGCCUUAAAAUCUUUGAAUCGUUAUACUUGUAGGAAAGUAUGGUUUGAAUGCAAGUUUUAUUUGUGUCCAAUUUUGUUGCUUGUUUGCAAUGACGUCUCUAAUGAAACUGAUGUUUUAGGUAGCUGACACUUCAAUGAAUUAACUCAAACAGUGUGAAAUUAAUUAAAUCACAUCUUUCUUAUGUAUUCUAAGAAAGAAAGAAAACCAUGAGUCAGUUAUUUUAGGGUGUAGUCAAAAUCUCUCCUUUUUACUUUUAACCUAACCUUUUUUUUACAUACCAAAUCAAUCAUAUUGUUAAUAAUUUAUUAAAACUAGUCGUUAGCCCGUGGAAAAAUCCACAGGUUCGCCCGUCCUUUUUAUACCGCAUUGCGUGCGUCUCGCUACCUGCGCAGCUAAGCUACCAUUUUGCGUGACAGACAGACAGACGGACGGACGGACGGACAGACGUAUACGGGCAUUAUAAUAUAGAUAAUAGUUCUUUAUUUUUUAUUAAUAGCUGUAACUAACUGACUUUUUUAUUGAGUAUAUUUUUAUACAUACACUUUCGAAUGAUUUUCACUCGUUUGUGUGAAUAUUUUCAGUUGAGUUUUAGUUUUCGUGUGUGCAUUUUUAAGAAUUUUACAUGUUGGGCACGCCAUAGUAAACAUCUUGUACAGUAGUUAAAGUGUUUUUAUUCACUGGUAAUUAUUUUUUAAAUAAAAAUGUCAGGAGAGUCAGGAUUUCAAAAAUAGAAAGUCGAACUCUGUGAUUGAUAUUGGUUGAUUGGUUGCUUGUUUAUUUUUUUGACAGUUUUCGGAUACCGUAAUUCCUCAAAUUAGCGCCGUGGCGCCAAAUAAAUUUUUAUGAUUUUAUAUGCCGCGCUUAUUAUAAGGCGGCGCUUAUCUCAAAGUUUGAGAUUUUUGGUUUUUGAAGGUUUAGGGUGUAAGUAUUCAAUUCGUUUUACGUUUUUAUUUCUGAAAUAAAAAUCCAUGGAAUGAAUCAGACCAGAUCAGACAUCAAGAUCAUCGUCGCUUUCGCCAUCAUGAUUCUCAUCGAUCAAAUGGAAUGGCUCGCACUCAUCUUCCACAUCUGAAUCAGAAAUCUGUUCAAAGUGGUUAUCUUGUGAAUCCUCGUCGGAAAUUUUUUGCAAAGCUUCCUUUAACCUGGCGUCUUCGUUCGGACAAGCGUUUUUAAAGCAAUGAAUCAAUAUGUCUUCGCUGCCAUCGAUCUCUAAGUUGAGGGCAAAUUAAAUCAUGCUCAAAGUGAAAAAAAACUUUAACGCCUCACCUUUGUUUAGUUUUGGAGCACUAGUGAUUGUACUGAACGUUAGUCAUGCUCAAAGCGUCGGUAGUGUUCACAACCUGCCCAAUGUAUACUGUAAUACGUAUCCUUAUUACGUCCAAGUUGACGCCAACCAUCAAUUUGAUCCACGCGUCGUCGACUUGUUUCGUUGUCAUGGUAAAAACGAUGCGAUGCAUAGACCCAACAUAAAAUGUGUUGCCAAGACGACAUCAAAAGUCACUAUUUCUGUUAUGCGUUUAAGAGACGGUAAUUGGCAGAAUCAUAUACUGGUGAAUCACACAAGUUGCCACGAAGUGUGCGCGUUGGAUGCAACCUCUUGUAGCGACUAUCAGACCUAUGACAAGUCGGCCUGUCAAUGUCGGUGUCACCAAAAAUCGCCGCCAAGCGAUUGCGUGUCGCCAUUUACGUGGGAUUCCUUAUCUUGCGACUGUGUUUGUCCACACACUGAACAUAAUUACAAAUGCGAGUCAAAAAAGGUCUUCAAUAGAGACUACUGCGGCUGCAUGUGUAAACCAAAUCGACGUAGAAAAUGUGAGCGGUUGGGUAUGUAUUUAGAUGGAAACAGCUGUCUGUGCGUCAACAAUUCGACUGGUCCAGUCAGUGGUGCAACAAAGAGUGACCAAGAUUGUUUACAUCAGAAAGCGAAGAUCAUAACAGCGCUUGUGCUGGUUUUUGAAGCGAUCGCUAUACUUGUCGCAUUCUACUUGUACAAUCGAUACUACGAACUACUUCGUAAGUUUUGCGGCUGCCAUCAGCGAGCAAGCAUCAAUUUCAAUGAUGGCAAUCCAGAAACGAGGAAGGACGAUGCGGAAACGCCCACCAUAUCCGUUAAACCAGAACUAAGUAACACUGCAGAUGAAACCGAUGCAGGAGAGUCCUCUCUCCACCAACGCCGCAUCCCAACGGCUGAUGAAGACAAGGGGUUAUCCAGUAGGCCAUUCUUGAAUAGUGACUCUAUGAAAAGAAGGAACAAAUAUCGUUACGAGAUGGAUAACAUCGUUCUCUAUCACGAGCACGAGAAAUCGUUUCGCGCGAGUAAAGGAAAAAGUGGUUCCGUAUGUUAUACUGAUGUUGAAGUAGAUUCCGACGAAACGUUCUACGCAUCUGACAGUGCGGCUUCUGUAACACGUGUAUGACGCUGCUACUGUUGUUCAUCAUAGCACGAUGACGUUACAGUUUGAAGGAAAGCAAAUUUUAUCGUCAAAAACCACAAUUGUCAACCACGACUACAUAUAGUGAUAUGUAUACGACUACUUGUAGUAACAACAGCUUAUCGCAGACGCUAGACGUUUUUUUAAAGGAUUUGACAUGAAUUAUUAGUAGCAGGUCGUAACAGCGCACGACGGCGGCUGCAUUUUCGGAGAGGAUAAAGAUUGGCUUAGAUCAGUUUCACGUGACAUGCGAAAUUUUGUACUUUGUAAAAAUAGUUAUUUUGAAGAUAUAUAUUUUUCUUAACUAUUCUCAA